AUGGCAGCCCCACCCGAGUCCCCAUUCUUCAAACCGCUCACGGGCGUCAGCACACCGACGGUCGUAAACGGCACAUUAACACUAGCACUUACGCUGCCCUUCCUAUCGGACGUAGAACAGCAGCAGUAUCAUUAUAUAGUGCUGCUCACAGAGUCCGAAUACCCCCUCUACACCACCACCACCGCCACACAGCGCAAAACCACCGCGCUGCCAGAUACGGCGCGGAUAUACCUGCUGGAGCCCACACCCGACAACGAACAGACCGGGACGUGGAGUCUCCCCGUGCUGUGGCCCGCCGGCAACGCCUGGCGGGCUAGACAUGGCUUUGAGCCCGUCGAUUUCCGCAUCCCGAUACUGCACAAAGGCUCCGAGCCAAUUCUCCACAGCACCCAGGACAGGAACAGGGUGGUAGUAAACGGCCUCUCCCUCCCCCCCACCGCCGAAAUCGACCUCCUCGACGCACUCUUCCUCCGCGCCCGCACCCCCACAACACAACUCCACUGGGCCGUCCACCUCACUCGCACCCACCCAACCUCCGAGCGCGGCUGGGCCCGCCUCGCCGCCACCGCCUUCGCCACCGACCAGUGGAAGCUCGCGCUCCUCUCCUACCAGCGCGCCCACGCCCUCUCCACAGCGCCAAAGCGGCAGGCGCACUACGAAACCCACAUCGCCGCCUGCAGCGCCCACACCGAGUACGGCCCACUCUUCACCGACGACGAGGCCGCGCACAUCACGGCCGCGCUCCCGGCCGCACUCGUGCAGACGCUCAGCGCGCCGCUGCCACCGGUGCGGGGGGCACCGACGGCGAGAGCGCUGCCGCUGCUGGAGUCGCGGACGAGAUAUAGCACGCUGCACCCGCGCCACCAGCUCCCGCGCUUCUUCUCGUGGCUGGUGCCGCACCACCUCUGCGCGAUGAGCACGCCGCGUAAUGAGAGCGACGUGCAAGUGCUGCAUGACAAGCUCGGGGUGACGCAUAUCGUCACGCUGACGGCGGAGACGCCGCUGCCGGCGCUGUGGUUCCCGCCGGCGGGGGGCGUGCGGAAUACGUUUGUGCCUGUCGAGAACUACUAUGCGCCGACGGUGGCGCAGAUGGAUCGGGUGUUGAGGGUGAUUGUCGAGGAGGCGUACUAUGAUGCUGAUGUGCGCGGGGCGACGCUGGUGCACUGCGGCGGCGGGAAGGGGCGCGCGGGGACGGUGCUGGCGUGUUAUGUUGCGCUGUUUGGGUUCACGGUUGGCGGUGAGGAGGGGGCGCCGCCGGUGAUGGCGGCGGGGGCGGCGGUGGAGGCUGUGAGGGGGAUGAGGGUUGGGAGUAUCGAGACGGAGCAGCAGGAGCGGUUUGUGGCGUCCUAUGUUUCUCUGGCGUGGAAGCGUCACGGGCGCGGGGAGCCACUGACCGGUAAUUGCGGGGAGGUUGACGAGCUGGCGGGCGUGGAGAUGGAGGUUGUGGGGAGCGGCGAGGCGCCGGAUUUCGUGGUGCUGGUGGGGCUGCAGGGGGGCGGGAAGAGCGGGUUUGCGCGCAUGUGCAGGCUGCGGAAUGCUAAUGUUGAGGUCCUGUCGCCGGAUGAGAUCGUCGCGGAGGAGCGGGUGGGGACGGCGUCUGCGAAACGGGCUUGCGAGGCUGCGGUGGGGCAGUGGAGGGGCGGCGGCAGUGGCAGUAGAAGUGGUGGUAGGAAGGUGCUUGUUCUGGAUCGAUGUAAUCCUACGCCGGAUGAGCGUAGGGAGUGGGUCAAGAUGUUUAAUUACAGCGCCAACAUAACCGCGGUGUGGUUCGAUUAUGAUGUGGAGAUUUGUCAAUCCCGCGCUGAGAAUCGGGGUUUGCACCCUACGAUGCCGCCGCACCGCGUCAAGAGUGCCAUCUCCAGUACCGCAAAGUUGUUGCAGCCCCCGACACUGGAUGAAGGCUUCACGGGUGUUGUGAGAAUAAGGUGUAUCGCGAACGCGGUCGAGCUGGCAAAUCGCUGGUUUGGAGAGGUGCCUAUGAGGAAAUUCGUCAGGACGAGGCAUCUCCUCGAUCUGGGCUCCGCAACACGGGACGAUCUAGUCCUCGAUAGCAGCGAUCUAGAGGGGCGGUUCCAGAAGAUGGUUAUAGUGGAAGAGAAGGUGGAUGGCGCGAAUAUCGGGUUUUCGCUCGAUGCCACAGGGAAGAUAUUAGUGCAGAACCGCAGCCACUACAUCAGCUCCUCGGACCAGGCCCAAUUCUCGAAGAUAGACUGGUGGCUGGAGAAAUACGGGCCAAAGCUGUAUAGGGUGCUGGCGAGAGAUGAGGUGUUGAAGGAGAGAUAUGUGUUGUUUGGGGAGUGGAUGGCGGCAACACAUAGCAUUGCUUAUACGAAGCUUCCUGGGUUCUUUUUGGCUUUUGACUUAUUGGACCGUUUGACAGGAAGCUUCGUGGGGCGGGACACUUUAGUGGGGCUUCUGAAAAACAGCGGUAUCAGUAUAGUGCCGGAGAUUUAUAGAGGCAUAUUAGAGGGAAGGGAGAUGCUGCUGGGGUUCUUGGAAAGGGAGAGUCUGUUUGCGCCUGGCACAAAGGUAGAGGGAGUGGUUGUCAGGUGGCAGAACGGCGAGAGAGGAAAGGUUGUCAGAGAGAAUUUCGUUGCCGGGAGCGAGCAUUGGAGUAAGAAUGAGUAUAGGAAAAAUAGGCUAGCGGUGGAGGAGGAGGAGGAGGCCGAGUGA